UUGGGAGCUGCUUCGUCCUCGCUGCCGUCAACAUUUGUUCCCGCAGAACAGUCGAAUAUGGCGGAUGUGGAUGAGCGGCAGAAUCUGCUGGGAGAUGAGGCCGGUAGUCGGACAGCGGGCAGCCCGAUGGCGGCGAUCUGCGACCCGAGCCGCCUCCUGCACCGGGUGGUGGUCCUGUGCUUCAUGUGCUUCCUGGGAUUCGGAAGCUACUUCUGCUAUGAUAAUCCGGCUUCACUUCAGACCCAAGUCCUCCAGGAUAUGAACCUAAACACUGCACAGUUCAUGGAGCUCUAUGCUUGGUACUCCUGGCCGAAUGUGAUCCUUUGCUUCUUUGGGGGAUUCUUAAUUGACAGAGUCUUUGGCAUCAGGCUGGGGACCAUCAUCUUUUCUCUCUUUGUCUGUGUCGGACAGGUCAUAUUUGCCGCUGGAGCUUUAGUAAAUCUUUUCUGGGUGAUGGAAGCUGGACGUUUUGUCUUUGGAGUUGGAGGCGAGUCAUUGGCUGUUGCCCAAAACACAUAUGCAGUCAACUGGUUCAAAGGGAAGGAACUCAACCUGGUGUUUGGCUUACAGCUUAGCAUGGCUCGACUGGGCAGCACAGUAAACAUGAACAUCAUGGGCUGGGUGUACAACAAGGUGUCUGCCCUUGUGGGUUCAGCGGGACACACCACAUUAGGCAUCUCACUCAUGAUAGCUGCGGUAACCUGCCUGUUCUCACUAAUCUGUGCUUUGGUGUUGGCAUUCCUUGACAAAAGAGCUGAAAAGAUCCUCCAUAAGGAACAAGGAAAAACAGGUGACGUGAUUAAGCUGAUAGAUGUGAAGGACUUCCCCUUCCCCCUGUGGCUCAUCUUCCUUAUUUGUGUGGCCUACUAUGUUGCUAUCUUCCCCUUCAUUGGACUGGGACAGGUGUUCUUCAUUGAAAAAUUCAAUUUUUCCCCAGCAGAAGCCAGAGCUGUCAACAGCAUCGUAUACAUCAUCUCAGCCCCAGCAUCUCCGAUUCUGGGCCUCCUAGUUGAUAAGACGGGCAGGAAUGUGGUUUGGGUAAUAUGCGCUGUCGUUGCCACCCUCGCUGCUCACAUGAUGUUGGCCUUCACAUUCUGGAACCCAUGGAUCGCCAUGUCCCUGUUAGGUGUGUCCUACUCGUUGCUGGCCUGUGCAUUGUGGCCCAUGGUGGCCUUCGUGGUCCCUGAGCAUCAGCUAGGGACGGCAUACGGUUUCAUGCAGUCAAUCCAGAACUUGGGACUCGCUCUCAUUGCCAUGGCAGCAGGAGCCAUUCUAGACAGCAGAGGAUACUUGGUUUUAGAAGUGUUUUUCUGCGCCUGCAUCUGCAUUGCUCUGAUGGCGGUGGUGUCGCUUCUCAUCGUGGAUUAUCUUCGAGGAGGGGAUUUGAACCGGUCUGCUUCAGCCAGAGCCAAACUCCUAAAAGAAGCCACUUCAGAUGCAAAAUGAUGAUGAUGAUGAUAAGGGAACACACAUGGCCCUGGGCUUCAGAGCCAGCAAGCUGCACUGCCCACCCCAAAGCUGUCAGUCAACUGCCAUGGGGCGGGACUGCGCUACUGACUCCGCCCAGUGCUGUAAUCUGUGCCUCUUCCCACCCCAACUGACUGUCUGGCUGUAAUUGUUUUUUAAUAGCUGAUUAUCUGCCAAUCAACACCCUGACUAACGAUACUGAUACUGAUCACAUACUGACUCUGUAUUCUCCGGGACUGACUCUGAUAACUCCUGUGUGUCCUGCUGCCAAACUUCAGCAUCAACUUUGUUUUGAUUAGUUUCAUCUCAUGAUAACAAAAGCAAACUUAAUGCUUGGUGUCGUUAAGCACUUUACAUGUCUAAAUUGAUCAGUUGUGGAAUAGUACUUCUAUCGAGACAAACCAUUGAUUUCUAAUCCAAAUUAGCAAACAGUGGAGGUUAGAAAUUAAAUCAUUUUACUUGUCUGAAGAGUCACACAGCAAACCUAAAAAAAAAACUUUACACAUUAUUGUAUAGGAACGAGUAACAUCAGCAAUUUGUUACCUUGUUCAGCCAUUCUUUUUUUUUCUUUUAUUAUUCCGUA